GUUAAACUGAACGUUGGUGGUCAACACUUUACCACAAGUGUGCAGACGCUGAAAAAAGAUCCCAACUCAAUGUUAGCCGCCAUGUUUUCUGGAAAGUUUCAGGUGAAGCCUUCUGAAGACGGUUCUUUCUUUAUCGAUCGUGAUGGAACUUACUUCCGGUUUAUACUAAAUUAUCUUCGUAAUGGCGAGCUGAUUUUACCAGAUGGUGCUAUAUUCUUCAAGGAACUCGAAGCUGAAGCUAAGUUUUAUCAUCUGCAAGGGAUAUUGGAUGAACUGAAUCCUAAAGAAUCGUUCGAGGAGUCGGUGAUACUGACGAACGAAGAGCAACGAAGAAUCUUGAAAAGUUGGUUGCCUGAGGCUAUAACAGGGGAAUGGCGUUUGCUAUUUCGAGCUUCACGAGAUGGCUUUGCUGCUUCAGCGUUUCAUUCCAAAUGCGACAACAAAGGACCUACAAUGACUGUUGUAAAAAGUGGUGGCCGAAACAUUUUUGGAGGCUUCACUGAGAACAAUUGGACAAGUAAGACAAAUUGAUAUAAUUCUAAACUACAACGGAAUUAGUUUUAUCGAGUAACUCAUGACUCCUGGUUGAGAACUUGAAUUCAGAUUUUAUACAUGUCGCAUAGCCUGUGUAGUGAUCCCAAGAGCAAUAAAGUAUUCAAACAAACAGAUUUAACGCCACUACGUUGUUAUUGCGUUACUUUCAGCGGUAUCUAGCGCGCGCAUGCGCCCGUGGCUCUUCUUUGUAAUACCAUGCGGCUCUCGUUCGGUCUUCAAUAAACCUUCGUUAAGACACAGUUUGUUCCUUAUUGGCGUGGUGGCAGCGGCUUUUACCCACGUACGGUGGACCCUAACACAAGUGUGGUCGUCUGGAACCUGUGACCCUUAUUUUCACGAAGUGCGAAGAUCAACAAAUCAACGUGAAUUCGCCGUAACCGCUCGUGUAGGAAAACCAACAUGGCCGCCGCUCCCAGGGCGCCUAAACAAUGGCAGCUUACGAAAAACGAGACCAUCACCUCGUACGAAAGUUGGAGGCAAAACUUAGUCUACAUCUUAUCCCUGGACAAGAACUUUGUCCCAUUUUUAGAGGCCACAUGGCAAAAACAAACCGCCGCCAACCCUCGAAGAGGCCCUUACGAAUGAUGGCACGUCUGUACCUGAGGCACAACGACUUACUGCCGCUCAGAAAAAUUCCCACCUGGAUCUUCUGCUCGGACAGAUUGCCAAUUUUUGCCCCGUGAUCUCCAGGAACUCCAUAGUAAAGCACUCUACCUCUCUGAAUGACAUUUGGCAGAAAAUUCGCCAGCAUUUUGGGUUCCAGUCCUCCGGAGCCCAUUUCCUCGACCUUGCAAGCAUCAGCCUUCAAACUGCUGAGCGACCAGAGGACUUAUUCCAACGCCUCAUGGCCUUCUUCGAAGACAACCUCCUUGCAGUUAAUGGUGGCUUAACCCACCACGGUGAGCAGGUGACCGCAGAUGAAGAUCUUUCCCCAUCGCUUGAGAACACUAUAGUAGUUCUGUGGCUGCAGCUGAUCCACCCUGGCCUACCAUUACUGGUAAAGCAGAAGUAUGGUUCUGAGUUGCGUAACAAGACCCUUGCCUCACUCAAGCCAGAGAUCUCAUAAGCUCUUAGUUCCCUCCUUGAUGAACUACGCUCCAUAGAGGACACCAAAGCCAUGCGUAUUAGCAAUGUCAACCCCAGACGCACCUCUAAUGGCGGACAGGGCCAACCACGCCGCCGUCCAUUUGUAUCUUGUAUUCUCUGCAAAACCGCUGGACGCCCUCACAACACCCAUGAUCUAAUGGAGUGCCGUUACCUGCCUGAUCGUGACAGGAGACCAUUGGCCCGCUCACGUCUUAUAAACGACGAUCCUGAUGAGUUUGCGAUCGGCGACUGUGGCCCUUAUGAUGAGUGUUGCGAUCAUGCCCUCCCGCCUGAGCACAGUGAUGUACCUACUGCACCUACUGCACUCCGUGUCAGCAUCAUUCAAUCACCUGUUCUCAACACCUUUUACCACGAGCACCCCGUGCAGCUCACCCUUGAUACUGGCGCCACGUCUAACAUGGUUCGUGCCUCGGCCGCUAAGUUAUAUGGCCUACCUGUUACCCCAGCUUCUCAGAUGGCCCGCCAAGCCGAUGGAGUUACCCCUAUGGAUGUGGUGGGUGAAGUGCAUUGCACUCUCACUCGUGGACAGCAAGCAUUUGAACUAGACGCCCUAGUUGUUCGCCAACUCGAUGUUGACAUUUUAGCGGGAAACCCCUUCCUGGCCCGAAACGACAUCGGCAUCCGUCCUGCCAGGCGCCAAAUUGUAAUCGGCGGGUCUGACGUAAUCCACUAUGGUACUGCUUCCAAACACACUACUCAACCAGCUGUGCGACGCACCCAGUCCUUUCUCCUACGCAACCCGCAACGCACAGUCAUACUGCCAGGAGAGUACGUUCAGCUUGACACCCCUUGUGAUUCUGACCCAGAUACAUUAUGGGCCCUUGAACCCCGACUAGACUGUCCAUCCAACAUCCCCCUCAAGGCAGAAGGAGCAUGGCCCCCACCUCAACAAGUCCUCUCUGUGGACCACGCUGUACGCAUAACCAAUACGACUGACUCUCCUAUACUUCUACGGACCGGCGAGCAGCUGUGUCAUGUAAGGCAUGUUAUACCUGUUGACAGCAUAGACACCACAUCUGCCCCUACCUCUACGGCCACUACUGCCCCUACCUGCUGCCAGCCCUUCUCCACUAAUGUGAUCCUUGACCCCGAUGGCUGCUUAGACGAGGACAUUCGCGACAAGUUCAGAGCACUGAAUCUGGAGUUUGAUGAUGUUUUCAACCCCACUAUCUCGAAAUAUAACGGCGCUAGCGGUACCAUUGAAGCUGUUGUCAACAUUGGUCCCACACUCCCCCCUCAGCGUAAAGGCAGACUCCCACAGUACAACAGAAGCACCCUUGAGGAAUUGCAAGCCAAAUUUGACGAGCUCGAAGUGGCUGGUGUGUUCGCCAGACCUGAACAGGUGAACGUACACGUUGAGUACUUGAAUACCUCCUUCCUUGUUAAGAAACCCAAUGGGGGUAGCAGACUUGUGACAUCCUUCGGCGAAGUUGCCCAGUAUAGCAAGCCCCAGCCUUCUCUAAUGCCUAACGUCGAUGGUGUACUGCGUGAAAUUGGGAAGUGGGAGUAUAUAGUUAUCUCGGACUUGUUAAAGUCGUUCUAUCAAAUUCCACUGGCUCACUCUUCCAUGAAGUACUGUGGGGCCAGCCACACCCUUUAAAGGCAUCCGUGUUUAUACCCGCUCUGCUAUGGGCAUGCCUGGGUCGGAAACAUGCCUCGAGGAGCUAAUGUCUCGAGUUCUGGGUGACCUAAUUCAAGAGGGUUGUGUUGCCAAAAUUGCUGAUGACCUGUACGUUGGUGGGAGCAACCCUACAGAUGUCCUUCAUAAUUGGCGGCGCGUUCUUUCCUUGCUUCAACGCAACAAUCUUCGUCUCUCCGCGCCCAAAACACUCAUCUGUCCCAGAAAGGCCACCGUGUUGGGUUGGGUAUGGUCUAAUGGCACCCUACAGGCUAGCCCCCACAAGUUAGCCGCAUUAUCCUCUGUUGACCCUCCUACUACUGUUCAAGGCCUACGAUCUUUCGUUGGUGCAUACAAGGUGCUCAGCCGAGUACUCCCUAAGUUCGCUGAAUUGCUGGACCCCUUGGAUCAGGCCACCGCUGGAAAGGAAUCUCGAGAAAGACUAGUGUGGUCCGAUGAGUUACUCCUGUCUUUCAAGUCCGCCCAACAUGCCUUGAAAACCACAAGACCAUCACAAUCCCCAACCCCGCGACGCUUUGUGGAUCGUGACAGAUGGUUCUGUGAAGAAUAGAGGCGUCGCAGCCACACUCUACACCCACCGGAACGGUAAACUGCUGUUGGCUGGUUUUUUCAGCGCGAAACUGCGAAAGCAUCAAGUGACCUGGCUACCGUGUGAGAUCGAAGCUCUGGCCAUAGCUUCCUCCAUCAAGCACUUCGCCCCUUACAUUAUCCAGUCAUCCCAUACAACCGAAGUUCUGACGGACAGUAGGCCUUGUGUCCAAGCCUACGAUAAGCUUAGGAGAGGAGAGUUCUCAGCCAGCUCCAGAGUUACCACCUUCCUGUCUACAGUCAGCCGCUAUUCUGUCCAUGUGCGCCACAUUGCAGGUGUUGAAAUCCUCCCCUCACACUUCGCCAGCAGGCACCCAAGAGAAUGCUUGGACUCCAGCUGUCAGAUUUGUCGCUUUAUUGCGGAGUUGGAAGAUUGUGUUGUGCGCAGCAUCUCCGUGAGCGAAGUCCUAGAGGGUUCUGUUCGAAUGCCCUUCACCAGCCGCGCCGCAUGGCAAGCUACCCAGCUGGAAUGCCCUCACCUCCGGCGAACCCAUUCUCACCUCAGUCAAGGUACCCGACCUUCAAAGAAGGCUACCAAAAUAAUUGAUGUCAAACGCUAUCUUCAGGACGUCGUCAUCGCCACUGAUGGUCUUCUCGUUGUCAAAGACCACCCGCCUUUCCAGCCCCCUCGCGAUCGCAUUGUUGUCCCUCGCACUGUUCUUGAUGGACUCCUGACAGCCCUUCACAUCCGUUUCAGUCAUCCUUCCAAGUACCAAACCAAGCGCCUUUUUAGCAGGUACUUCUUUGCUCUGGACCUUGACAAAGCAAUUGAGACUGUCUCUUCCUGCUGUCACACCUGUCAAUCUCUGAAGACUAUCCCUAAACACCUGCACCCGCAGUCAUCUGCCGAUGCUCCUCCUACCAUUGGCGUAUCAUUUGCAGCUGAUGUCGCUAAGCGUCAUCGUCAACUGAUCAUGGUUCUAAGGGAAACAGUGUCUUCGUACACCGUGUCUUCCUUCAUCGCGAGUGAAAAACUCGAAGACCUCCGCAAUGCCAUCAUCAUGCUCUGCUCUCAGCUCCGUUCCCUUCGCGACGGAGGGGUGAUCGUCCGCGUUGAUCCUGCCCCUGGCUUCUCCGCCCUUGCCAAAGACAGAGUACUCCUCUCUUAUGGGAUCACCCUGGAGGUUGGUAGGCCCAAAAACCCUAACAAGAAUCCUGUGGCUGAGCGCGCAAUCGAAGAGCUAGGCUUGGAGAUCCUCAACUUGUCUCCUGAGGGAGGCCCCGUCUAUCAAACUACGCUGUCCUUAGCAACGGCCAAUAUGAACUCCCGCAUCCGCCGUGAUGGCCUCUCAGCUCUUGAGUUGUGGACGCAACGCGACCAGCUCACUGGUGCGCAGCUUCCAAUUGUCGACCGCCAGAUUAUCCUCAGUCAAAACUUUUCCCGCCAGCAGAAUCACAUGCCGAGUGCUAAGUCCAAGGCCCAUGGCUUUACCAAAGCCUCCAUCCCCACUGUCCUUGUUGGUGACCUUGUUUUCAUCAAAGGUGACAAAGACAAACUGAAAGCCCGCGACAAGUAUCUUGUGAUCGGCAUCGAUAAAGACCUUUUCUGUCAGCUCCGCAAGUUUACCAGCUCACAGUUCCGCAGUAAGGUCUACACCAUUCCUAUGUGUGACUGCUACCCUGUCACCCCAACUGUCCUAGCUCAGACUCCACAAGGACCCAUCCGUGGCCAGACCGAAUCCACUGCUUCUGACUCUGACGAUGAUCCUGUUCCCGUCGUCCCUUCACUAAGACCCCCUACAGUGCUUGCUUCUCCACCAGUGGAUACCUAUACUGUUCCGGUACACCACUCAGUGUCUCCAGCUCAUUCUCAGCUACCCGCCCAGGAACACCCCCCAAUUCCUGAAGUCAUUAUGCCUUCUCGGAGUCCUCCACAAGCCCCCCUGGACCCCUCUUUUACUGAUGAUGCACAGCCGACGCCUGCUGCUGUUAUCCCCACUAGGAAAUCUGACCGCUCGCGGAAAGCCCCAUUUUGGCACAAUAAGGACUGGGACUUUGACUAAUAACUCUGCCGUGUACUCUCUAGCCGUAACUACGGUCUUUACCAUGAACUGCGUAUUUUAUUAGCUCACUCGUACCUUAUCAUAAGGGGGAAUACACCCCACCGUUACAUUCAGUUUCAUAUUUAUUCUAGCUCUUUCAUUACUUUUAGCCGUUGUUAUCCUAUGCGGUUUUAGUCUAGUGCUCGUAUCAGUUCAGCCUAUUGUUCAUGUUUUAUUUCUUAGUUAGGGUAGGAAAGAAGGAGGAGGCAAUCACGCCACUACGUUGUUAUUGCGUUACUUUCAGCGGUAUCUAGCGCGCGCAUGCGCCCGUGGCUCUUCUUUGUAAUACCAUGCGGCUCUCGUUCGGUCUUCAAUAAACCUUCGUUAAGACACAGUUUGUUCCUUAUUGGCGUAACUCAAACAAUUUCAUUGCGAACGUAACACGGCCGCUGCUAUCAAAAGCACAUGGUUUUUCUAUCCCAGCAUACUUAGCGGCCUGAUACAUUACAGCCUGUGUGACAGGCAUUUGUGAAUUAAUCAUCCUUGUUAAUUUCCUUCCUAAUUUUUAAAUGACUAUUUCCUCUUUAUUCUGAAGGCUCAUACUUGGAUACCUAAGCCACACUAACUAAUAAACACCAGUGUAUAGAAUUACCCUACAUUAUACUCACAACCUCGUUUCCAGUGUUCUCCGUAGGGACGGGGAAGAGAGAACCCUGGGAAGGAGGUUGUUAUACUCGUUAAACAAGGAUUAGUCCAUGAGCAGGAUAUAGGUAGAUGGCUUUGACUUAUUUCGACGUAUCUCAGGGGAAAACGUUUCGGUAGAAUGAAAAAAGAUAUUGUCGAUCGCCUCAAGCCAAAAUUUUGUAUUCUAUGCAAAGGAGCAGGUCUGUUUAGUUAUCUGCGUGGGCAACCGAGCUCAAUAUAGGUUCAGGAUCAAAGAAGUGGAAUGGGGCAGAAAUUGUUUGAAAGGUUUAGUUUUCAAGAACUUUGAAAUUUAAAUUUGAAAAUGACUUCUUAACACAUGAUUUCUGAAUAUAUAUGUCAGGUGUAAUCACUGUUAUUCACAGGUCGUAAUACAUAUGUGUCAUGUCGCCAUGCCUUCCUGUUCAGCUUUGUACAGGGCUCGAAAUUAACGCUCGCAAACUCGCAAAAUGCGAGUGAUUUUGAUAAUCUGCGAGUAAGAAAAAUAUCCACUAGCAAACGAUUGCGAGUUAGAAUUAUUCAUGUCUCCCAAACAAAGGGAAAUAAAUUGCUUGUGGUCUCACCAGUUUGCUAGUCGAAAAAAAUCUUACUAGCAAAACUUUUCAAGUGCACUAAAAAGAUAACUUCGAGCCCUGUUUGUAAACCCAAAUGGCCUGGGACCGACCAAACUGUCGCUCAUCACCGGGAAGGAAGAGGGUGGCAUCCGUUGUAACAGCGGCUGUGGACCAAUGUUUGGUGAUGGGAAUGACCUAUGGAUAGGAAAUAAUGCGAACACAAGUCCUAGUCGCAGCAAUAUCGGCGAUACCUAUCAGCUUCCACCAGGACAACAGAGCACGUUCCUCACAGGUGCUUCAAAAUUCAAUGUUACAGAGUACGAGGUGUUUGGACUCUGCCAGUGA